AUGAUGGAAUUAACUUAAAGGUUUAUAGAGCAUUAUUUGGAUUUAAUGACCUCAUCUCCUAAAAUUCAGUUAGGAGAAUCACUAUUUUAAAGCGCCAUUUUUUUAUAAUUUAUUUUGAGACUCCAUUUUAUUUUUCCUUAAGAUGGAUGGAAUGUUUGGAAAUAUGGAGAUUAUAAAUUACAUGUUCCUUAUGUCAUAUUGUCAUUUUUAUAUCAAGAGAUAUCAGAUAUACUUAAAAUACUUCUAAUAUUAUUUAAUGUUAUAAUCUUCAUUUUCAGCUUUUUUAAAGUUUAAUUCGUUUUCUAUUAUAAUAACCUUUUAUGGAAUGUAUUUUAUAUACCUUAAGUAGCGAUGCUUUCAAGUUCAUCAGAAAAUAUUGGAAUAUCAAUUUUUGGAAUCAUGCUGCUUUUUUUUAUUCUAGUUUUUAAUCUAUAUUUUAAUCGUUCCACUAAAUUUAUUCAUAGUAAUCCUUUUAUAAGGAAAUUUACUUAAUUAACAAUAAUUAGUGCAGCUUUAGACACAAUUUGUUAUAUUGAUUUUGAAUUUCAUAUUUUGUAAAUGAUUUUACUACACAUUUAAGGAAUUAUCUUAUGCUUAGAUAUAAUUAUUUUUAAACCCUAUAGAUUCUAGUUUAAUAAAAUAGUAUUUCAGUAUAACUUUUUAUUUUACACUUUGGUUGUUAUUCAUACUUUAUUGUUAUUUGAUAAAUCAGAGGAAAAUAUGUUUUAUUUUUCAAUACUACUUGGUACAUUAGCAUAUGCACUUUCAUUUUAAUUAUAUGAUAGAUAUGCAGAUAUGGAUUCAUAAAAUUAAUAUAUAAUAUUAGUUUAAUGUUAAGAAUUUUAUUAAUCUUAAGAUAUAUAAUAAUAUUUAAAAUUAAGAUAGCAUUAAAAUAAGUAUUUAGCAUAACAUUAAGAUUAAAAUAAAAAUGAAAUAUUAAUUUGUUAUCUAGAAAAUAACAUUUCAAUUAAUAAAAAGUAGAAAAUUGAUUAUGAAAUCUUAGAAUUAGCCUUAAUCCAUUUUUUAUGUGUUCAUAAAGCUCCUUUAACUGCAUUAUGCAGAUUAAAAUAGUAUUAUAAUAUUCCACAUGAUCAUUCUUUGUUUUUUAGAAUAACAUUUCCAAGUUAACAUAAAUAAUUAUGGAAUUCAGUUACAAAAGUUUAAGAUGGAAUUAAUAAACUUUUAAAGGCAGGAUAAUAUUAGGAUGAUCGUAUUUUAUCUACUAAAGAUAUAUAUGAAGCAGUUAAAAUAAGAGAAAUAUCUAUUCCUUUGAUUUUAAGUACUAUUGAUCAUAAAAUAAAUUAUUGGAAAUAAUUAAUAUCAUUGAUAGCAAACAUAAAGAAACUUUUUUAAACAACAUGUUAAUUAAGUUAAAAAUUAUUAGAAUGUCAAUAAGUAUUAUAAAAACUAUUUAAUUGUACAAAUAUAGAAUAGAUUGAAGAGCCUAGAACAAUUUUAGAAGUUUUAGUUCUUAUAAUUUAUUAUUCAAUAAUUAUAAAUGAUCAUGAAUAAGCAAUUAAGAUGUAAAAGAUAAUGAAUGAUAUUUUGAGAUCUGAAAGUUUGAUUGAAGGAAAAUUACUUAAUGGUAACAUAAUGGAAAAUAAAAUUUGUUUAUUAUAUACUAGUAUUGUUAAAUCAUAAGGAUCAAUAAUAAAAUUAAAUGCUUAAUAAAUAGCAUAAUUUUGGGGAUAUGAAAAUGAAAUGGAUUUUAGAGAUAUUAAACAUAUAAAUUAAUUAAUGCCAGAUUUUUUAGCAUCAGUUCAUGAUUAAUAUUUAGAGAGAUUUAAGAAAUUAGGUCAUAGUAUAUUAUUUGGUAAAAGUAGAACAGUAUUUUUAAAAGGAAAAAACAAUUUCUAUAUUCCAGCUGAUAUUACUAUUGAUAAUUUUUUUAUUAGUUAUGAUGAUUAUGUUAUAACAGCUGCAUUUUCAAAAACAAAAGAAAAGUGUUUAUUUAUGCUUUUUGAUCACAAAGGUAGAAUAUUAGGAGUAAAUAAUUUAAUGUUCAAAUUAUUUUAAUCAAUAGAUAAAACAAUUACUCAAGAAAAUUUGGCUUCUGGAUAUGUAUUUUAAUUAAUUCCAAAAAUAUUUAAUAUAAUUAAUGCUUAUCGAAACUCUGAAGAAGAACUUAAUUAAGAUGAUAAGAUAAUAUUAAAAAUUGGAAAUCCUAUAAAAUAAUAAUUUUCAAGAUUGAUGUAAAGUUCAAAAGGAAAAAAUAAACAUUAAUUAUUUUAUGCAGGUUUAUGGACAACAUUUGAUACUCCUGAAAAUUAUCAAAAAAACUAAAAUUAAAAAUCUAUGUUAAAUCUAAAUUUACUUGAUUCUCAAAAACCUAAUUGUGAUUUAUUUGAUGAAACUUAUUAAUAAAGAAUGUAAUAAUUUAUUGAUCAUAAUAUUCAAACAACAAAUUUCUAAAUUAAAUGUUAUUUAGAAUAUCUAAUACUUGGUUAUUAAAAAUCUAUUCCUUUAUUUACUUUAGAAAUAAAUGAUAUUAUUUCUGCUCAUGAUACUGAAAAUGGAGAGACAUUCUCAUAAAAUAGUUUAUAAAAUGUUGAAUUAUCUGAUCUUAAUAAAUCAAGUCAUUUAAUGUUAAGUUCAAUUUAAGAUGAAAGUUUUUCAAAAGUAAAAAUGGAAGAAAAUGAAAAAUUAUAAUAACAUCCAGAAAUAUCAUUAAUGAGAGGGAAAUAUGAUUAAUCAUUUUUUGAUCAAUUAUAAGAAUCUUCAAGAUAAAUAUUGGCUCCUUUUUCAUAAAGAGCUAAUUUUAAUUUAAUUAAACAUAAAAGUAUGAAUGAUGAUUCUAAAUACUUAGAAGAUGAAUUUAAGAUUAUUAAAUUAUAAUAAGAAUUAGGAUAUGAUAAUUAAAACUAUUUAUAAUAAUAUUCUAAAAAUAAAACAGUACUAGAUAAAUUACAAGAUUAAUAGUCAUCUAAUAAUAAUAAUGAUUAAUAAAUAGAUUAAAGAAAUGAAAUGCAUGCUAUAAAUUCUGGUGGAUCUAUUGCAAGAAGAUCAAGAAAUCAUCAUUAUGAAUUAUUAAAAAUGAAAUCAAGAUCUUAAACUAGACCUAUUUAAUUAAGUUUUAUCAUUUUCUUAGAUGUUUGUAUUAUUUUAAGUAUAAUCUUAUUUAAUAUACUGAAUAUCAUAUUUAUAAGUGAAUAAAGAGAUAAUGGAAAUAAAUAACUUCUUGAGAUAUAAGCACCAUAUGUCUUUAAUGGUAUUUAUUGUGAAUUAACAUCUCAUGAUAUUCUCUAUAAAUUAUCUAAAGUUGAAGGAAUUCAAAUAAGUUAAAAUCUAUUAAGUAACAUUUAAUCAAGAUUUAAAAAUCUUAAUUACUUAUAAAACAUGUCUCUACAUUAAACUGCUUUUCAUUAAAUUGAAUAAGAUUUUUUAAAAUCAAAUAUUACAUUAUAUUAUAUUGAUUAAGCAGAUGAAUUUAAUUCUUCUUAUACUUUUUACUAUUCCAAAUUGACUAUUUAUUUUAGACUACUAAUUAAAUACUAUUAAGAUUAUAAUUAUACUAAUUUUAAUGAUUACUUUUUUUAAUAAUCUCUAUUUGAAGUAUUAAAUUUAGAAAAUAGUACAUAAUUAUUUAGAUUAUUAAUUAGAUCUUUAAUAGAUAAAUUCUAUAUUGAAUUAGACUUAAAUGAUGAAUUAAUUUUAAAUUUAUUUGUCAUCUAAACUAUUCUAUAAUUUUGUAUGUUUUUCUUAUAGUUUUGGUUCUUUUUUGAUUUAUUAAAAUUACAUAUCAAGAUUAUGAAUCUUAAUUGUAGAUUAUAUGAAAAAGAUGUUUAUGUGACAAUUUAGAAAUUAUAAAGUGUGAGAGAAAUUUUAAAUGAUAAAUAUUCAAUCAAUUGGAAGAAGGCUGAUUAUGUACACAUCAUUUAUCAACCUCUUAAUAAACAAUAAUAAAUUAAUUCUACAAAUACUAAAUAAAAUAAGACAACUCUACUUUCAUCAAGAAUCUAAUAGUCCACAUUUAAUAUGUGUUCAAUAUCAGCAUUCUUAUUUGCUCUACUCUUAAUUAUUUUAAUUGUUAAUAUUGGAGGCUUCCUAUUUAAUUCCUAAAAAUAAAAACAACUCAAACCAUCAUAUCAACUUGGUGCUGAAUUUCUUCAUUUCACUAUACAAGUUGAUUCUAUUGUAAGUAAUGCAAUCAGAAUUAAGAGUUAAAAUAUACUAUUAAGUCAAAAUUCAUUAACAGAAUCAAUAUCACCUAAAGUAUUAUAAUCAUCUGCUAAUUAUUUCAAAUAAGAUCGUUAUCAAAAUUUAACCUACUUUUAUAAUCAAGUAGAUUCUUUUAAACGUAGCUAAAUUCAAAUUAUAUAAGACUUAAUCAAAAAUCCAAAUAUUGAUUCAAAAAAUGCUGAUAUUUUAAAUUAACUAUUUUUUUAAGAUAUUUGUUAACUCUUUUGCCCUAUCUCUCCAGAUAUCAAAGAUAAUUGCACAUAUCUAUAUAAUAAAGGAAUAAUAGGAAUCUAUACAAAAAUUAUUAAUUUCUUAAUGGGAUCUUAUUACUAUGAAUUGGAAAAUAAAAUGCUUGAUACAGAUUUUUAAAAUACAUUAUCUUUGCUUAACUCAGCUGAUUUCAAUUAAAUGUUUGGAAGACAUUUUACAAAUGCUAAAUUGGCUUUCGAUUAAUUUGCUCAAGAGAAUUUAAAAUUAGCAUUUGGAUAAAUUGAAAGUAAUUUUAAUGAAGCUCUUGUUUAUUUUAUGAUAACAGGAUAUUUUACAUUGUUAGCAGUUGGAUUAGCAUUAGUCUAUUUUAGUAAAGUACAACAAAAAUAAAUAAAUUUGAUCAGAUUAUCCUUAACAAUUAUUCCAGUUGAAUUAAUUGAUUAAUAAGCUAUUAAUAUUCUUCGUUAAUUAUGA